AUCAAUCAGGCUCUCUCACCUUCCUUCUCCUCCUCCCUCGGCAGCAUAUUUUUCAUCUCCCUAGCUAGCAUCCGUCAUCUCGGCGGUUGCGUGCACCUCCCGCGUCCGUCAUCGCUGCGGCACAGUUUCCGGCUCCCUUGUCCGUCGCCACUGCUUCAUCUUCUUCGCUCCGUUCGCCCUGUCAUUUCCGGUAGCUGCGUGCAUCUCCGGCGUCCCUCAUCCUUCGUCUCCGACCCAUUAUCUCUUGUCCGUCGUUGCUGCCACUGUUUCCGGCGUCUCUUGUACGUCGCCGCUGCUUCAUCUUCCUCUCUCCGUUUGCUGUAUCAUCUUCAGCGUCACAGCGUUCCCUAUCCAGCUUCACAUCUUCGGUGUCACAGCAUCCCAUCAUCUCCGUCUUCUUUGCUGCUGCCACUCACCGGCGUCGCAGCGUUCCCUCUCCGGCUUCACAGCCAUUUAGAUCUGAGAGAGAGGAGAUUAGUUUGGUGAUGUUGAGGCUUUGAUCUUUGGAGCUGCAUCUGGUGGUUGUGCAGAUCUUUGCUAUCUCUCAUACAUUUAGAAAAUUAACGAGCAGUAUUCAAUGAGUCCAGAUAGAAGUAGAAGUCCUGCACGGGCAAAGAGGUUUCGUAGCAGUGAACGUGCAUCUUACCGUGAUGCACCUUACCACAAGGAACGACCUAGAUACCGGCCAGAUUAUCUAUGUAAUAAUUGUAAACGACCCGGGCAUUUCGGGCGAGAUUGUCCAAAUGUGACUGUGUGCAAUAACUGUGGACUUCCGGGCCACAUUGCCGCUGAAUGCACCUCGACAACCAUGUGUUGGAACUGCAAAAACCCAGGUCAUCUUGCUAGUCAGUGCAGCAAUGAUCCAGUCUGCCAUAUGUGCGGGAAGAAGGGUCACCUGGCUCGUGAUUGCAUUAACCCAAGUGUGCCGCCUCAUGAUGCAAGGUUAUGCAAUAACUGUUACAAGCCUGGACACAUUGCUGUUGAUUGUACCAAUGAGAAGGCCUGCAACAACUGCCGUAAACCGGGGCACCUGGCACGUGAUUGUACCAGCGACCCUGUUUGCAACAUCUGCAAUAUAUCUGGUCAUGUGGCCCGUGAAUGCCCCAAGUCGAACCAGCCACAUCCAGAAAUGGUAGGGGGUGCUUUCCUGGACAUAAUUUGCCACAAUUGUGGUCAUCCCGGUCAUAUCAGUCGCGACUGUGUCUCGAUUGUGAUCUGCACCAACUGUGGUGGGAGAGGACAUCAAGCAUAUCAAUGCCCUUCUCUUCCAUUGCCCUAUCAUCGCGGCGGUGGCCUCCGUAGGUUAUGAAGACUGGUUUUGUAGGAUUUUUGUGGUAGGGACUUAACUAUUUUAAGCUUCUGAUGUGGUUGGUUGGAAACAAAAUGGUGUUGGAUUUGUAUUUGAAAUGGUUGGAGGCAAACAUAGGCACACUCCCUUUUCCAAACUGGUGUAGCAUUGAUUGUUGUGAACGGGUUUUGUUCAGAGAGGGCUUGGUGAAAAUUGUUAUUGACUUGGAGACUUUGAAGAUCAGGCCAUGCAUGACCUGUAGUGGACUAGCGAUAUUCGACAAUUGACUGUAGUUGAGAACUCAUCACGGCCCAAUUUGACACUUGGGCCCCCUUUUUUCAAGAUAAAAAAAAGUAAGUUGGAUAAAGUUUUUAUGUGUCGGCCAUCGUUCAUACUCUCUGCUCCAUCGCUCAUUCUAAUCCUGUUGUAAUGGUGCACGGGCUCACCACUAAGCAACUAUUGGGCCGCCUGUAAUUUAAAUUCUCUUAGUCUGUUUGUUUGUCUUUACACUAUUA